CUGUUCAACGUGCACGAGCUAAUACACAAACUUAUUUAUGUUCAACAACACCAUAUUCAUCUUAUCCAGUUAUUGCAGCUGCAGCAGUUGCUGCCGCUGCUACCGCUUAUCUUCAUGGAACAGUAACUAAUCCUAUUCCUCCUACCCUUACUCCUACUACUCCUAUUAAUACUACUACUAAUGAUACUACUAAUAAUUUUAUAUUAAAUUCUACAUUCACUGAUCAUUACAAUAGAUCAGAUCCAAUCAAUUUAUCAAAUGUAUAUAUCCCAACAACUAGUCAAUAUAUGACCACUUUAAAUGAUAAUAUGAAUCCUUUACCUCAAUCAUAUUAUGAACCAUACGAGAAUACAUUGAAUACAUCGAAUAUACACUAUUCAAAACUAUAUAAUCAGCCUAUUUAUACAAGAAGAUCUAUAUCAACUCAUUCAAUGAAUAAACCAAUAGAGAAUAUCGUUACAUCUUAUUUACCAUUUCAUAGUAAUACGAGUAGUAAUAAUACGUCAUCCAUGUUAACCUACGAUGACCAACCAUCCACAUUACAUCAUCAUCAUCAUAAUCAUAAUCAUUAUGCAACACGUUUAAAUCUACCACAAAAAUCAUCGUAUGGUUAUUAUCAUCAUGAUCAUGAUCAUGAUCAUCAUUCAAUAUCAUCAUGUUCAACUCCAAUUACAAUGACUACACCAAUUAUGACAAAUUUUAAUCAUAUAAAUAUGAAUUGUAUUCAUCAAUAUCAUACUACUAACAAUACUACUAAUAGUACUACUACUACUACUACUACUACUACUACUACUACUACUACUACUACUACUACCACUAUUACUAUGACUACUACUACCACUACUAAUACUACUAAUACUACUACUACUACUAAUAGUAGUAAUCGUAUAAGAUGUGGUUUAAAUCAAGAAUCCAAUUCAUUUAGACAACCAGAUUCAUCAUCAUCAUCAUCAUCGACAACAACAUUAGCAUCAUUCACAUCAACUAUACAUCGUCAAACUAUUCAUUCAUUUAUCAUAGAUAUAAAAAAAACAUUAGAAGAAUGGAUACUUAUAAAAGAUAUAACCUAUUCAAUAGAUACUACUACUAAUACUACUACUACUACUUAUUCAAAUUAUAAUUAUCAUAUAGAAUUAAUGAGAUUAUGGUCAAAUAAAUUAUUAAAACAAAUCACAAUUAUUUUAAAUAAAUUACAUUCAUUUAAACAAGUAUGGAUUCAAUGUUUCAAGAAUAUGGCGGGAAAUUCCAGUUCAUUUCAUCAUGAACAUGAAGAAGAAGACGACGAUGACAACAUCGACGACGACGAUGAAGAAGACUAUUUAUGGAUAAAUGAAUUAAUUUCACAAACAGAAUUCUAUGAAUUACAAGAAUAUGAAGUGAAAACAUCAAUUCAAUUAAAAAGUAUUACACCAAUACCUGAUACAACUCAAAUUAUUAUAUGUGAAUUAAUAGAUAAAGAAUGUGAAUUAUUAUUGAAACAAUCAUUGCCAACACUUAGUUUAAUGCAUAUUUGUCAA